UGGAAAUGGAGGAAUAGGAUUCCAAAUGCACAAAUAGUAGCAAACAAGACGGCCUAAAAUCUGCAACUAAAUAUUUAUUUAUAAAUCCCAAUGGCGAAACAGAUUCGACUUUUCCGGCUGAAUAACGGCGCCAAAAUCCCAUCGGUCGGGCUCGGCACGUGGAAGGCCGAUCACGGCGUCGUCGGCGACGCCAUCACCGCCGCAAUUAAGGCAGGAUAUCGGCAUAUUGAUUGUGCUCAAAGAUAUGGCAAUGAGAAAGAGAUUGGUAACACCCUCAAGAAGCUGUUUGAAGAAGGAGUAGUGAAGCGCGACGAACUAUGGAUUACUUCUAAACUCUGGUGUUCUGAUCAUGCUCCAGAAGAUGUGCCUUUGGCCUUAAACAGAACCUUGGGAGAUUUGCAGCUUGACUAUGUUGAUCUUUAUCUGAUGCACUGGCCUGUUAGCAUGAAGAAAGGAUCGGUAGCAUUUGAACCGGAGAAUCUCACUAGCGUCGACAUACCAAGUACGUGGAUGGCAAUGGAAUCACUCUGUGAUGCUGGCAAGGCCCGAGCGAUUGGUGUGAGCAAUUUCUCGUCCAAGAAGCUCGGGGACUUGCUAGGCAUUGCACGUAUUCCUCCAGCUGUCAACCAGGUGGAAUGCCACCCGGGUUGGCAACAGCAGCAGCUGCAUAGCUUCUGUGAAUCAAAAGGAGUUCAUCUAUCUGGAUAUUCACCUCUUGGCUCCUCUAGCAAUCAUGGAAGUAAUAUGCUUAAAAAUCCAGUACUGAAUUUGGUUGGUGAGAGAUUGGGGAAGACUCCUGCACAAGUUGCUCUGCGCUGGGGUUUGCAGAUGGGCCACAGUGUGCUCCCAAAGAGCACUAAUGAGAAGAGGAUUAAAGACAACUUUGAUGUGUUUGAUUGGUGCAUUCCUCAAGAUUUGUGUGACAAGUUUACUGAAAUAGAGCAGGUGAAGUUAAUCACGGGGAAUACAUUUGUGCAUGAGACGUUGGGUUACUACAAAACAAUAGAAGAGCUCUGGGAUGGUGAAAUCUGAGAGGGAAGUGCUAUAUAAUUUCACAAUUGAGAGAGAGCGUGUGAAUUAUGGGUUAAAAUAAUAAAGGUGACUAUUUCUUACUAUCUUUUUAUGUUGGCAACAGUUUAUUUUUAAAUGAUAGUAGUAUUUUAUUAGCUCACUCAAUAUCGUAAUGUUUUAGUUGGAUGUUCAGCGAAAUCUACAGAGAAUUUAUAUUUAUGUUU